GAACUUCAAUUCAAUGUCAUGAAACCCUAAUUGGCUUCGCUGUUAAUUGCAAUUCGCAAUCUUUGCGAGUUGCGAGACUGAGAAUUCAGAAAUUUCUCUUUUGUUUUGCAUUUUUCAUGGCAAACGUUGUAUUUUGUUGCAAAUGAAUUGGAUUAUGAAAUCUAGAAAGGAUGGAUGGGAUUUUGCUUUGUUUUAAAUAAAAGAAGAGUGAAUCGAAUUUUGAGGAGUAGCUGGUGAUGAAUGAAUUAUUGGCAUGAGCUGCGACAACGUUUCUGCGCACCGUGUAUUGUUACACGGGUUGUUGUUGCGAUGAAUAAUGUGCCAAAAUGCUAAUCUGAGGCUCUCUCUCUCUUUUCAUUUUAGGUUUUUGUUCUCUCUUUUAUCGUUUCACAAGCUCUUCUUACGAUUUUCUUUCUUUCCCCAAAUUAUUGAUUCGGAUUGCAGACUCGUGGCUCUGCAUUUCCUAGGAUCCAUUUCAUUCUAAAUGAAUCGCGAAUGAAUUUUUGAAACUCUGAAUUGAAAAUAUUUAUUAGUGAAAAAAAUGUUAUUUCUUGGAAAAAAAAAUUUAAAAAAUAGCAUAGCUCUUUUUCAAAUUCCCCCCUUUCAAUUAAGAGCCCGUCACUAACUCACUGGCAAAAAAAAGGGGGGCCAAUAUCAAGGGUGUUUAGCCAAACAAACUGCUCAUAAUUCAAAAGGAGCUAAAUGAGAAGACAAGGGCAAUGUUAAAGUUAAUUGAAGAAGAUGCAGAUUCCUUUGCUAAACGUGCAGAGAUGUAUUACAAGAAGCGACCAGAACUUGUGAGCAUGGUUGAGGAUUUCUACAGGGCACACCGCUCCCUAGCUGAGCGCUAUGAUCAAGUCAAGCCUGAUACUACUGGAAUUGGACACCUCAUUACUGGGGGGUCACCUUUCGCUUCAGCAAAGUAUCAGUUGGAGAAGUUGAUGACUUUUUCAGAUAACGGAUAUGAUACCUAUUCUGAGCAUUGUGAUGUGUACGAGUCUGAGGAAUCUGAAGUUGAUGAUCCUGAGCAGGAGGAGGAAGAAGAAGAGGGGACCAAGUUUCUGCAUAAAAGCACAAAAAAGGAGCAAGUUUUGUUUGUGGUUGCGGGUGAUGUUGAAGUGAUGAAGCUGAGGGAUGAAAUUAAGAGACUCAAUGAAGAGAACAAGGCUCAAAGGGAUCAAAUCAAGCAGAAGGAUACCAUUUGUGAUGAAGUAAUGAUGUUGAGGGAAGAAAUAGAAAGGCUUAGAGAUGAGAAUGAGGCACAAAAGGAACGACUCAAGCAGAAGGAUGAAGAGAAGAUCGAGGUGAUAAGACAGCUGAGUUUAGCAAUAGAUGUGCUGAAGCAGGAGAAUGCAAAGAUGAGAAACUACAUUGCUAAGGAAUCCACCAAGAAAUGGAAGAACCCAUUUGAGAUCAACAAACUUGUGGAAGCAUUUUCGGUGAAGUUGUUCAGUGGCACUCCAAAGAAUCAGCCCGGUGUUGAGCUCUCUAGAUGUGGUUAACAAAGUUAGCAGAUUGAGUAAUUAUACACAACAAUAUUUAUAAAGAUGUCUAUAUUUAUGUUAGGAACUUAUGACCCAAAAAGCCUAGGCUUAAAAUCUUUUAUUUUAUAUAUUAUAUGUUCCUUGGUUUUGAAUCCUAGUGUGAGUACUUGUCAUAUUCAUUAUAUUCUUUUGAAUGUCCUUUCUUUAGCGAGUUGUAUUACAACCAAUUGUUACAAAUUUGCAUUUGUAUUCCUUAUAAUAUACGUUGUCCAUUCCAAUUCC